GCAAACUUAAAGUAGUCGGACUUGUUCAGCCAUUACAUACACAGACCAACAUCAUUAUUUCUAGAACACCUAUUGUCUAGUGAAUUGUCAUGGCGUCAUCGUUUUUUGUCAGAGACAUAUUAAAUAAGUGGAACCUCAGUCAAUGGAUUAAGAAUUUUGAAGAGGAAGAGAUAGAUGAAGAAGGUUUUCUCUUACUUGAAGAGAAAGAAUUUAUCCACUUGAUCCCAAAAGUAGGACCACGGACAAAAUUUGCUCACAAACACAAAGAACUUGUAAAGAAACAGAAAACACACAGCAAUGAUGAUAAAGUGGCCACAUCGUCAACAGCUUCCAUUAACGCCACCAAGAGUUCCUCAACAAAUAGUAUGGCCUCAACCAGUGUGGAGAAACCUCUUUCAGAAAAAAGGAAACAUGACAUGGCUGAUGCAAACAAACCAAAAAAGAAGCAGAAAAGUAGUGCUAUAUCCAGAACAACUGCUAUGCUUGACAGUGAAGAAAAGGCAGAGGCAAAGAAGAUAAUGCAAAGAGUCAGAAGCAAGCUGGAUGAAAUGCCUUCUACAAAACUUACUGACUUCCUCAGAAGUAAAAUUGAUAUGUUGGAUAAAGACAGAAAAGAGAUGGUGGGUGUUUUUGGGAAGACUGGAGCUGGUAAGAGCUCCUUAAUAAACACCAUUUUGGGUGAGACGAAACUGCUUCCUUCUGGAAACCAAGGAGCGUGUACCUCAGUGAUGAUUCAGGUGGAGGCCAAUAUGACUAAUGACAAAUACAUCGCAGAGAUUGAAUUCAUUACAGUGCAGGAUUGGAAUGAUGAGCUAUGGUCCUUACAAGGCAAAUCUUGUGAAAAGGAAGACGAUGAUGACAAGAAAAUGAAUGUCAAGGAUGGUGACAAGGAUGAUGAUGGAAAGAUAAAUGCUUUGUAUGGAAAAGAGGGACUUGGAAAAAAUGUAGAAGAACUAAUGGAUAAGAAGCACUUUAGCAAAAUUCCAGAAUUUUUUUCAUCACAUAAAAAAAUUGUAAUUUGUGACACAGGUGAAGAACUCUCUAGAAAGAUAGCUUGUUUCACAGUGAGUGACUCAAACAGUGAUACAUUUGAACAACUGUAUUGGCCACUUGUGAAAUGUUUAACAAUCAAGGUGCCAAACUCUAAAGACCUAUUGGACCAUGUUGUGCUGGUGGAUCUUCCAGGAAAUGGAGACUGCAACAAGAGCAGAGAUGAGAUGUGGAAAUCGUUUGUAGGAAACUGCUCGGCUGUUUGGAUUGUGAGUGACAUUUCACGAGCAAUUUCAGAAAAGGAAUCUUGGGAGAUUUUAGACAGCACUGUUACCUUCUUUGGACCUGGUGGAGAAUGUAGAAGCAUCAGCUUUAUUUGCACCAAGACAGAUGAUAUUGAGGAAAGUCAAAAGGAUAAUGCUCGCUCCACUAUUUUGACCAGAAAUGAAAGAACCAAGAAAAAAGUGAGGGAAAAAUUCAACAAACAAAAAGAUGUAAAGAAACACUUCAGUGAUGCAGAGGGUCUCUUUAAGGUGUUUACUGUAAGUUCCAAGAAAUACAACAUGGAAAAGCAGAGUGGACCAGAUGAAAAAGAAAUGACAGAAGAGUGGAUGAAUGCCCUUAAUGAUACAGAAAUACCUCACCUUCAAGAAUUUCUCAGAAAUCUUAAUGAUCAUCACACAAGGACAUCAGAUUAUAUUUCUGGAGCGGAUGGGAUCCUCUCUCUGAUACAAGCAGUCAGAAACAGCGACAUGAAAUACAGCAAAGAAGAGGUGCGCCAGGAUUUGGAACAGAGGCUUAAUGACAACCUUAAAUCCAUUGGUCAAUACAUGGAAAAGCCUCGUAAGAUUUUUGACCAGUGCCUCUCACAAGGAGUUCAACAGUCAGAACAUUCAUGCAAGAAAUUAAUGAAUGAAGUGAUAGCACCAGAACGGAUAUCAGGCAGUAGAUAUCAUAAAGUAUUGAAGUGUUUAUGCCAGAAUUAUGGCAUUUACAAACCAAAAGGGACCAGUUGCCGAGGAAAUAUGAACCUUAAUGAGAGUUUAGCCUCAUGCAUGAGAAGUUUUAUUGAUGAAGAAUUUACUUAUUUUUUCCCAAAUGACAAAUGUGGUCCAAUCAAAGAGAAGAUUGAGAACUUUACCCUUGACACAAAAAGCUUGGUUAAAAAGCACAAGAGUUUGUCACUGCAUCUGACAUUUCUUAAGACAGUAGGGUUUUCAUAAAAAAUUGGAAAAACAUACAGUUUACAGUUUUUUAUUGCAUUUGUAUACAUGUUAAUAGAGCGUAAAAUAAUGGAUUACAGUGAUAUCUUGUGCAAAUACAGUUUACAGGGUCAUUUAGAAACGUGAGUAAACUAAACCAUGAACUGAA